UUGUGCAGUGAUUGAUUUUCGGCGCGAAACUCAACGAUCAAUCGGUGCAGGCCAGCAUGGAACAGUUUUCUCUGUGCUGGAACAGUUUCCGGGAAAACUUAGCGGAGGGAUUCCAAUCGCUGUACGAAAAUGGUGAACUGUUCGACGUGGUCAUCGUUUGCGAUGGGAAGGAAUUCAAAGCCCACCGGGAUAUACUGGCCGCGUGCAGCCCUUUCUUUCGCAGCAUACUAGUCGGCAACUCGUCCGGAAACCCGAUCAUCAUACUGAAUGACGUGCCCGAGUACGUGAUGAAGCUGCUGCUGCGGUUCAUCUACUACGGCUCGGUGAUCGUGAACAAUGCCGACCUGAGCACGCUGAUGAAGCACGCCGAGAAGCUGCGCAUCAAGGGGCUUACGCAGCGCCACCGCGCCCACCCCGAGGACAGUCCCGAGGGGCCGGCGGAGCGCUCGACGCCACCGGGAACCGGGACGGGUCCGCUCGGUGGCAGCCCGUACAAUGGGUACGGCGGCCCGGCAGCGGUAGCGACCGGAACCGGGGGCGGCGGCAGCGACGACCCAACACCGGACGGAGCAGCGCCUCCGUCGGCGCAGCCCCUGUACUCGGUUCUGGUGAACACCUUCCUCGGUCGGGCCGGUGCCGGCUGCGAGGACGGACCGUCCGUAGCGUUGAAGCAACCGAAGCUGGAGCGGUCGGCGGAAUCGGUCAGCCCGUACCCGCCGGCCGACUACGGCGAUGCAGCGCAGCCGUUCGAUGGGAGCACUCGAUCGCUGGCCGGACCGGGACACGCGGACCACGUGGAGCAGCAGCUGGACGCGCUGCGGCCGCUGUUUCCCUCGGCGUACGACUGCACCGCCGCCGUCCCGGGAGCCGCCAGUCUGCCGCCGAGGUCGAUGCCCGGGGGCGACCUGUCCCUGUCCAGCCCGCCGCUUCCGGACGGCCCCGGGAUGGACGCGCCGCUGUCACCGAGUGGUGCCCCGGUCUCGAUGAACGUACCCGCAGUGGCGCCGGGCGAGAAAUGGUUUCAAGGUCGCUUGCAGUUCAUGCUAAGUCAGCGCGGUAAACCUCUGCUGGUGCACGACGGCCACUCGUUCGGAAUCCAGUACAUACGGAAGGACAAGAAGUACUGGCAGUGCAACCUGUCGCGCAAGUACAACUGCAAGGCUCGGGUUACCACCACGGACACGGGUGACAUCAUAGUAACCAACAAUGAGCACUGCCACACGGAAAUCCGUCAGCACCUUCGCAAAGACUACAAAACGAUGAAACUGGCGGCCACGCUGGCGGCGAGUCGAGCGUCUUUCGAGGCAACCAACUUGGCGGUCGCGUCCACCAGCUCCAGUUCGGCGGCAACCUCCAGUGACUUCUACAUUGGGCCAGUCGCAGCGCCACCAGUGACGGCCGACCAGGAGAUGCGAAGUCUGAACCUCAGUUGGACGUUCAACCGUGAGUCGAACAAGUGCAACGAUUAAAACUAAGCGCGCUUAGGGAGCUUCCCUACCAACCGGUAGCUAACGAUGACGGCUGACGACACACCUCGUCCGGGCACACACCUUUACUCUAACACUAUAUUAAUAGCGGCGAGUAGGACACUAUGCGCUCAAAAGGCCUUCGCCUCAACCCUACAUUAUACUCUAAUAUUAUACUGUAUAGGAAUCUAGGAAAAGAAAAGCUAACGAAAGGAGUACGUAACAAAAAUGUUCGUUUUCGAUGCCAGCCAUAAGCAUACUCCAACAUAAGACUACACAGGAAGCAGCUACGAUUGCGAUUGCAACUUCAUGCUAGAACAGUAGACUACUACAACAUUUGGCGAAACAUCUGCGCUGUAACCCAUACCGUAAACCAUUAGUUCACUUGUGCCCAAGCAGGCUAGUUCACGUUUAUGUCAUUUAAAAGAAAAGAUUGAUUCUUGAACCAGCUCAUUACAACUUUGUAACUGGCUUUCAACAUUUCGUAGCGAAUCGUAACAUUUUCGUAACAGCAUCAUAGUUCCACAGUUCAAGCAUCUACGGGUGACUAUUUUCAGCACCUUGAGUUUAGUUUUGUCAAUCAACCAACCAACCAAUGAAUGGUCAACGUUAGUUGCACAAGUGUUUUGUCCAACGCUGUUGUCUGUAAAGCUGCUGCCAGAUUCAAGCCAAAGUGUUGUCCAGUCGCAUCCUAUGAAAGACAUCAUUUGCUCAACGACAUGUGCCAUAAAUGUAACGUUAAUUUAGAUAUUACUAGUAAAUUAAAUGACAAGAAUA